AAAAAAUUCAAACGCCCAACGCAAUAACAACACUGACCGCGAAAGAGACGCUUGAAAAAAAUUGUGAAAAAUAUAUUAAUUUAGACAAUAAUACAAAAUUGAAUAAAAAUAUGUCGGAAAAUAUUUCAGCUAAAUUUAAUAAUUUCCAAGAAGUGUUUCUAAUGGAAAAACAUCGUAUUGAUAGUUUCAAAACCUGGCCUUACGACGAAAAUUCAUCUUGCAGUAUUACAAAAAUGGCUGAAGCUGGUUUCUACUGGACGGGUAAUAAAAAUAAUGAAGAAGACGACGCUGCAACAUGUUUUGUUUGUUGCAAACAAUUACAUGGUUGGGAUCCAACUGAUGAUCCAUGGAAGGAACACAUGAAACAUGCUCCUCAAUGCCAGUUUGUUAAAUAUGGUCGCAAAGAAAAUGAAUUGACGGUGGAAGAAUUUCUUAACAUAACCUCGGCUGUGCUGCGCAAGAAGUUAACAAAAUCGCUGAAUGCUGUAAAAACACGAUUUAGCCUUUUGGCAUCAACGGAAUUGGAAAAAUAUUUAGCAGAAAAAUAAUUCGGAAUAUUUAGCAAUUAGUAGUACAUAAUUCUUUAUUUUAAGUUUAGCAUUUUAAUAAUAGCAUUUCUAUAUUGUUUUUUAAUAAAAUAUAUAAGAGAAAAGUA